UUUGUACUUUUUGCUGAGAGUGCAGGAGGUUUGCAUUUGUUGUUGUAAUAUUUGCCUUAAAUUAUUUGUUUGCUUGAGACUUUUAUCAUUCCUAUGAGCUCUCUAUUCAUUGCUAACAGGUGAAACCCAUCUAUGCGAGCUGGCUCUGCCUCGCGCCUGAAGGCUUGGACUUUGACAAUCCGAUGCAGCGGUCCAGGGUAUCAAACCAUAAUUGUUCAGAGCUUCACAAAUGUCUGUUGCUGCUUAUAGACAAAACAACAGAGGAUUGAAUUUAGUUGUUGUUUGAAUUUGUCUAGGCAGUCUAUUAACAUAAUGUGUUUAUCCUUUUUUUUUUUUGGCACUCUCAGAAAUGGCAGCGUCGCUUUUUCAUCCUGUAUGAGCACGGCUGCCUAGAAUUUGCUCUUGAUGAGUUGGUAAGAGACGCUCACAAACAAACAAACCAACCAGAUGAACAGGAAUACAUCAGACUGUGCUGUGGUGCUGAUUUAUGAGACUCUUGUGCAUAUUGUAGCCAGAUGUGCAGCCGCUUUGUUAAGUGUUCUAUCAUGAACUAUAACUCAUGCUUGUAGUCUGUGCCACACAUUUUACCCAGAUUUCUGUAAUCAAGCAAUGUUAUAGGUCUGAUAGCUAUCUGGCUCAGUUCUGGUUGGACACUUACUGUGCUCUCUGGUCUGUUUUUGCCAGCUAUGGUUAUUUAAUUUACUUUAUGACAAAUAGCACGGCAGAAUACUAGCAUUUAUUCCAAUCAUUAUGUUUAGUUGUAGCUGUUUGUUCAUCCUACAACCAUCUCUCACUUUUUUCUGGUCAAAUUACAAAAGUGACUGGAAGCAUUUGUAUCCCUGUCUGCUCUGUUAACAGUUACAUGCUUGAAUUAUAUUCUGUAUCAUUUUAAAGUCAUUUUGGAUAAAGUUACUUUGUUUGCCAAAUGAAUUACUAUGAAGAUAGAAUAUAAUUGUGUUCCAGCCUAGUACAAUUCCCCAAGGAUCUGUGAACUUGCAUCAGUGCACUGAUGUGAUUGAUGCAGAGGGAAGGACAGGACAGAAAAACACACUGUGCAUCAUCACUCCAGACCAAGAGAUUUACGUCCGUGGAGACAGCAAAGAGAUCAUCAAUGGUUGGUGUGAGCAGCUUCUAGUUUUCAGACAGAUCAGUGAACAAAGGCGAAGGAAAAAAGGAAGCAGUUCACCUGUUCCUUCACAGGAGGAAGCAUCUGCAAUGAAAUCUGUGUGUAGCGUUGCAGCUGCAAACACAAAAGCAGUAGAAGACCAUGAACUAUGUAACCCAAAGGAGGAAGAUGAACCAAGUGAUGAAACUGAGAAUAUGAACAUUGGUUGGGAGGUGAAUGUCACCACUGCUGAUGCUGAUUCCCCUAGUUCAGACAAGUGCGCAAAACAAGGAAUUGGCAAGUAGACAUUUGUGUGUGUUUUUUUAUUAUUAUUUUUUAAAUAUUUAUAAAUGUGUUUAAUAUAAAGGAUUUCAGUUAAGCAAAACCAAAGCACUGGUAACUGUCUAAGGAAGAUUACUGGAAUUUGAUUUUUCUCUCUUUUCAUGAGGUUUCUUUGUGAUUUUUGCUUAAAUUCUUACAUACAUAUUCCAUAACCAGAAUGCUUACAAAAAGAAUGGGAAAUGCAGUUGGUAUAUAGGAUGCUUUCAGUUCUCAUUAUUAUAAAUCAAGUAGUCUUGUCUGAUUAACCAUCAUAGAUUGAAUGUUAUUUUACAAAACAGUACCAGAUUGCACUUCCCACUCAUGGUCAAGCCAGUCUCCUAGAAAGCCAGACAGGAUGCGAUUUGGACAAGAAGAAAGCCUUCCUCUGUAGACUUUUCCUCCAGGGCUUCUCAUUAGAGAAAUGCAGGGCCAGAUCAGACUUUGAGGAUCUUCUUUAUGGAGUGUGGCAUAUAGGAAACUUCUGUAACAAACUGCUCUUUACAGAUGCUGUUUUGAUUGUGGGUCACAUAUUGGGUCUUGACACGCCAUGUUUAUACAAUAGUGGGCUGUUACAGCACUACCUGCAGUUAUCUACAACAGAACCCUGACAAAAUGCAUAUUGUACCUGUAUGUGGAUAAUAUAAAUUACAACUAACUGUUCUUUUUUUGUGUGUUGCAUGGUCAAUGUGAAAAUCUUCUUUUUACAUCAUAUGAAUCCAAGACUUAUCUCUCCAUAGGAAAGUUGAAGACUCCUGACAUUAAGCAGGAGACCUUCAAUUUAGACACACAUCAAGCUGAGGGUGGAUCAGUCCUUCAGUUGCCCUUUCAGCGUCAUUCGACCUCGCUCCACAGCCCUGAGCCAUGGAGAGCUGUGACCCGUGACCUGUCUCCAUCUGAUUUGCCUCUCAACAGCAGUGCUUCCCACUCUCUACACUGGCAAGAGGAUCAUGCAGAGAGCUGUGCUAAACAUCCUAAGGCCUCAUCUUUAGCGAAGCAUAUGAUGCGAGAUCAAGAAAAUAUUGGACAACCCCAAGCUGGAACGCAGCAAGAUAAGAACUGCAAGGAUACUUGCUUCAUCAAGUGCAGCAUGACUGCGGAUGAGUGUUGGACUACUGGAAAUGAAAAGCAGUGUAAAAUGUGUCCACAGUGCACCAGUAGAAGUCAAACUGGCCACAUCCAGAACAUGGAGAAGCCCGUAGGACUGUUGGAAGCCCCACAAAGCAACAUUCAUCCUCUGAGAAGACUGCAGACAGUGGAAGUCAAAGCUUCAGAGUCUUCCAUGACGGUGAGUGAGGGUGUAUAUAUAUGCAUGGUUGGAUUCACUUUGAAGCUGAAGUAUAGUAUUUUUCAACCCGAUGAACGAUAAAGCAUACAGUUUUGUCUAUAUUCAUAAAUGCUUUGUUAAAGCCCAUGUUGAAUUGAUUUGUUUUUAUAGCCAGACCUUUUGAACUUCAAAAAAGGGUGGCUGUUCAUAGAUGACCAUGAUCAGUGGAGGAAGUACUGGUUCGUGCUGUCUGCUCAUAGCCUACAUUAUUACUUUGACUCUGGAGCAGAAGAGGCAAGUUCCCAGAUAUUCCUUUCUAUCAAGUCAGAAGAAAUUCACUGUGUAUGCUUAGUAGUUUUAGAAUAUUAACAGACAAUAUUUAGAGAUUGUUCUUAAUAACAAUAUUGUUUUUCUUUAAAGUCCUCACAACUGGUAGGAGAAAUUGACCUGACUUCCUGUCACAGAGUUAUUGAGCUUCAUGACCAGAGGAACUUUGGCUUUGAAAUAUGGACUCAUGGAUUGGUCUACAAGUUAGCCACUGUGACUGCUAGGAUGCGACAAAACUGGAUUCAGGCUCUUACAAAGAACAUUCAGGACCAGAAUGCACCAGAUGUUGCCAGCAUUCCAGAUGAUUGUCCAUCCAGAGUGGGCCCUCGCUCUGGGCCAGAUGUUACGCAAGAAUCCAUGUCUCUGUCUUGCCCUGUCAAUGAUGAGUGCUGUACAAAACAGAGUUCUGAUCACUAUACGAGGUGCCAAGGCCAUCCUAAAACUUCCAGCUGGACUGAGAUGUUAACCCUGGAAGGGGCCAGAGAACAAGAGAGGGUAGAGCAGAAUGCAGAGGAGAGCAUCAGCAGGUGGAGGGGAAGACAGGAGCGCAGGCAAAGGUAUGCCAUUGUGAUGGGGUCUUCAUUAUGCCCCCUAGAUGAGAGGAGCAGCUCUACACAGGAGAAUCAGCAGCAAGAGAGAAUGAGGGAGAUUGAAGAAUGUUGGCUGCAGGUGGAGAAGAUGGCUAUUGGAGAAGAGAAAAGGGUGCUACUUUACCCAGCAUGGCAGCACGAGGACUCUGUUGAGCUGAAGAAACAUCUAGAACAUUACAGGAAGAGGAUGGUGGAACUGACUAUCCAGUCAGAAUCAGAUAAUGAGGACUACUCACAAGAUCAUGGACAUGGCACAGACUGGAGUUUAGGGCAGGAGCCAACAUGUGAUCUUGGAACAGAAUCAGGACCUCAGAAGAUGGGUCCAAAUAAACAAAACCUCAGUCUGACUGACAAGUACCAAGAGACCAAAGUGCUUGUUAAUUCGAAAGAUCUAAGAAGACAACAGAUCAAUGACCUGAUGGACCUUCAUCCUUUAUCCCAGUCCAGCUCUGAAUUCACAAAUGAACCUAAAAGAAAGAGUGAAUGCAAUCUGUUGCAUGAGGUAAUUACUUCUGACAAACCCAUUAAGAGCCUCAGAUCACUUGCUUUGUGCCAGGCAAGCAGAGACAGUGAAAGAGCUGCAAUGGCCGUAAGUGAAGAUACUGAUUCAGAUAAAGCCAUGGUGAAGCUGUUAUCUCAGCAAGCUGAUUUCCUGACUAGACAAAAUGAGACCCUUAACCAGCGGAAUCAGGAACUGGUAAAUCAGUUAGCUGAAGCAGACCGAGAGAUAGAUAGACUUAAGGCAGAAAUCUUCUAUAAACCAAAUGGCCACCAGCCUGAACUCGAGUCUAUAGUGGAGUGUUUGGAAUUGGAAUUGUCCAGGAGCUGUGGGCAACUCAAAGAGGCACAGAUCCAGAUAGCAGAAAUGGAGGAGAAGCUGAAAGACACACAUCAAAAUCUGCAGCUUAAAGAGGCUAUGCUCAGAGGCCUGGGCUUCUUAACAAUGGACAGUGAAUAUAAAAUAGCAUUUCCAGAAAUAAUUGACAGACUCCGUCAGUGUGUGCAGGUGCUGGAGUUGAAAGUCUCUGAGGUAGUGAGCCAACAAUGGCUUUCAAAUCUGACUUGCAAGGAACUGCAGACCCAGAACACCCUUCUCAUGAAAUCAGCAGUUCAGAAUGGUCAGAAGAUAAUGAAGGAUGACGAGAAAAAUAAGAUGUUGGAAAGAGAGCUAGGAUCUAAUAUACCUCAGUGUAAAGGAUUGGCACACAUAAAAGACCAGCAGCAUCAGAACAGAUUAGAGUCCGUUGAAGAAGCACUAAAGAAGAGGUCCAGUGUGUUUAGAUUGUUACUAGAGGCCAUCAGUCAUCUAGCUGGAAAUGAGAUGCCAGAAUCAGUCUCCGAGCUUGAGACUGCACUGAUGAACCCCAAAGUGUUAAGGAGGCUACAGUUGGAAAAUGACAUUUGGGAAAGCUUUGUGAACACCUUAAAGAACACUACCUCUAAUAACUUGGAGAAUGAGGAAGCUGCCUGUCUACUACAGAGUUCCGAGAUGAAACUAGAGGAAGUUAAAAUGUACCUUUCAGCCCUCAGCAUUUACAAAAGUACCAGUAGUAACUCACUAACUCUGAGCAGUUAUUCAGGACCAGAUAAUUCAGGCAAUACAUCUUCAACUAACCCUGGCAUUAUUGGUAUAAAUGAUGGUGAAAUGGAGGAGGAACAAAUUGAUGUAAUGUGGAAAGGUCUGAAAGAGCACAUGCAGAAGAGAUUGAUCCUGAUCGAUCAUGUAACAUCUAAAUUGGAAUUAUUUACCCCUAAUAAAAAUUUUUCUGAGACAACAAGGCAGUGUAGUAUCUGGAAGAAAACAAAUGCAUUAUAUCCCAUGAUCAGUGUAGUCAUGGACAUCGUGACUGCUUAUUUGGUAGAGAAGCUGAGUCAGUCUGUAAUAAUGCAAAAAUCUAUUGCAAUACAAACUGAAAACCAAGAGAUGAGGUUGGAACAGAACAACAUGACUGUUCAUGAAAAAUCUGUGGUCAGUGAAGUCACUGAGAAAGAAACUAUUACCAAUUUGAAAAGUCAUAUUAAUGAACUGGAGCACCUGCUAUCUGAGAGACUGACAUCUCUACAGCAGCAACAUGAAAAGGACAAGGAGAGACUCAAGGCUGCAUUUGAACAGAGCAUCACAUUGUUGAAGGAGUCUCAUAGGAAAGCCACAGAAGUCCUUCUCCUCAAACACAAGCAAGAGCACGAGUUGUUACAGGAGGAGAAAGAAAGACUUCUAACUGAAGAGGUGGCCGACUGUCUCACUGUUAUUGAAGCCAUGAAGAGAGCCUAUAGCUUAGAGGUGGAGAAAAUGCUGCAGAAGGCAUGUCAGGAGAAGACCUAUAAUGGUGGCACAAAUUUUGAAGUGAUAUUGAAAAAUCAUAGUGAGGAGUUGUCAGCAGUUCAGAGGGAGCUGGAUGCACUGUCUGAGCAGUACACUCAAAAAUGUCUGGAGAAUGUGCACCUGGCUAAAGCCUUGCAGACCGAGAGAGAUGCUCUACAGCAGUAUCAGUGCCAGAACCUAGCACUUAGUGCUCACAACCGGGAACUAACUAGUCACCUUGUUAAGGAGAUCAUGUCAACAGUAGCAAAGGAUGGUUGCAGUCAACUGGUUCAUGAUCGGGAACGAUAUGAAUUGAUGAUCAAGCUCCAGGUUAAAGAGUCCUGUCAGGAACAGGAAAUUGACACUUUAAAAAAUGAACUCUAUGCUGCCAAAAUGGAUCAAAAUAUUGCUUCAGAGAGAUUCCAAAAAAUACAGACAGAACUCAACUUGGUUAAGGAGACAGCAGAACAACAAAUUUCACAACUCAAGGAGAAUCUGAGACUAGUUUACAAGGCUUUAGAAGAGUCUAUAAAGAAGACAAUGCCAGCUACUCCGCUUGCUGCUUCCUCCUAGACUGAACUAUUUAAAAGCUGGCAAAUAUCACUUUACAAUUAUUUUUCCAUACCUGAUCUUUGUAAUGCAAUAUUAAAAUUUUAUUAGGAUACCUGUGAAGCUUAUCAGUGCAAAUGAAGAGACCAGACAGCCUUCAGUUGGUGUAAAACUAAUCAAAGUGUAAAGGUUUUAUAUUUGUGUCCAUCACUGAAUGCUUAUUAGAUUUCUGUAUCAUAUCAAGGCACAAACUGUUUACAUGAAUGGAUAUCUGGACUCUAAGGGAAGAAGGGUUCUUUGGAUAGUUAAUGGGUUUUUAGCUUUAAUAGGUUCUACAGCCCUGAAAGGUACAUGCACAUCAUGAUACAUCUGAUGUGUAAAAACCAACAAAUACUUUUCCUAAGAAUUGAAAUAAUUCUUUUGAUUUUGUAUCUUUGUUUUGUACAAAGCUUUAAAGACCUUAAAUUAUGAGUUAAAUUAGUUGCAUUCAACUAUGAACAAAAAAUAAACAAAAAUCUAAAAGAUUUUUGUUUUACUCUGGUUUUUCUACUUUAGCAAUAUCUUCUUACAUAUAUGCUUUCCACUAAGGCAUGUUAUACAUCCAAAUAUAUAUGUUGUAUAUUUCUGCAUUAUUUUUUGUUUUUGUGGUGUAGAAUAAUUUUUGUUACGUGAGAGAGUUUGUGCUUUGAGGGAGGUGGUGGGCAUGGGCAAAUGCCAUUGAUCUGGUUAAACAUUGGCUUAAUGAUUAAUUUUUCAAAAAAAAAACUGAGUAAGCUGUGUAGUGAUUUAAUUAUUUUGAUUCUGUUCAUAGAGGUAACUGAAGUUCUGUUAAUAUACACCAUUUAAAUUUCACAUAUUUCAUAUUAAAGGUGAAAAUACAAAAUAGAUGAGCACUGACAAUUUAUUUAUAUUAAAAUUCUUUAUCACUGCUUUAAUUUCUGUCAUUCUACUCACUUUUUUAAUAUCUACAAAAAAUCAGUGGCUUUGUGCAGUCCUGUGAGUUGAAUGAAGGAGACUUUCUAGUUUUGUUGAACAGCCAGCUGUUUCAAGUCCAUGUUGUCUGUUUUCCAUAUUCUCUAUCACAUUGUUCAGAUUCUAUGGAGCUCACAGAAACCACAGUUUUUUUCAAACAGGUAUUUGGCUACAUUUCAUUAGGUUCAUUCAUAUAUCUCAUCUUCUGAAUAACGAUCAUCACACCUAGCAGUGAUGUAUGUAUUAGGGCAUAGUCAGAUACUAAAUUGUAGGUAUGCCAACAUUGGUACUGUAUAGUGCCUAUUUUGGGUGGUUGGGAUGUUGGUCUUUUCUUGCUCUCCUCUGAUCAAAGUGGUAGAAUUCUCUGCUAGUUAACCUCAGAUACUCACAUAUUUAUAUAGUUUUUGAUGUCUUACCUGAUUGUACACUUUCUUUAAAUAAUGAGGCACAAUAUUCUGGGAAUUUUACCAGUGUAUCUACUAUACAGACAACCCCUCUUUCCCAUCCAUCAAACUAAUUAACAGCUUAUGCAAGAUUUUUAGCAGUUGGUGGCAUGGUAUGGCCAGAGGGGUAGUGGCUGAAGCCUUGCUUCCUGAUUCGUAUUUGUGUAUGUACAGUUGAUGUCAAGUAUAUGUAUGCCUUGCAGAAUCUGCAAAAUGUUAUUUCUCUCCCCUUUCACUGACAGUGAGCUACAGUCCCCUCCUAAACCAUUGGAAGGGCAAGGCCAAUUCAUUUGUUCAUGCUAUACACCAACACUUCAGAGAAUCCAAUUUUUAGGUGAGCAAAAGUAUAGGAACAGAUACACUUAAUAUUUGAUUGCAUCCAAUGGCAUAUCCCUUGCUUGCAAAAGCUGCAUCAAGCCAGCGACUCACUGAUAUCACCAAAUUGUGUGUUUUUUUUUUGUUUGUUUGUUUUUUUUUGGUUGGGGGGUUGCUCAGUUUGGUUAAGGUCUGGUGAUUGAUUUGGCCAGUCUAAAACCUUCUUUUUUUCCCCCUAAGAUAAAGUCAUUUGUUGAGUUGGCGGUGUUUUGGAUCAUUGUAUUGCUGCAUGAUAAAGUUGCUCUUGAUUAAUUUGGAUGCAUUUCACUGUAAAUUGGCAAAUAAAAUGUUCCUGUGAACUUCUGAGUUAAUUCUGCUGCUACCAUCAUGAGUUACAUCAUCAAUAAAGAUUAGUGAGCCUGUUCCAGAAGCAGUCAUGCAAGCCCAAACCAUGACACAACCUCCACCAUGUUUCACAGAUGACCGUGUAUGUUUUGGAUCAUGAACAUAUACUUUCUCCACAAUUUGGCCUUUUCAUCACUUUUGUUCCAGAAUUUUGUGGUUCAUCUCUGUAUUUCUUUGUGAAUUCCAAUCUGGCUUUCCGAUUCUUACUUCUAAUGAGUGGGUUGCAUCUUGUGGUAAGGCCUGUAUAUUUCUGCUUUAAGUCUUAUAUAAAUCUUCUUUGAAUGGUGGAUUGAGAUACCUUCACCCCUGUCCAGUGGAGAUUAUUGGUGAUGCCAUUGACUGUUGUUUUGGGGUUUUCUUCACAGCUUUCACAAUGUUUCUAUCAUCAGCUGUUGCUGUUUUCCUUGGCUGACAUAUUCUGUGUCUGUUGCUCAGUACAUGAGUGGCUUCUGUCUUUUUCAGGACCUUCCAAAUUGUUGUAUUGUCUGUACUCAAUGUUUGUGCACUGGCUCUGAUUGAUUUUCCCUCUUUUCUUAGCUUCAAAAUGGCUAGCUGUUCUCCCAUGGACAGCUCUCUGAUCUUCAUGUUGGCUUGUCCAUUUUAACAAGAAUGCAAUCUUUAUAGGUGAAACUGAAGGCUAAAACCAAGCAUAGCUGUUCAGAGCUAUUUAUUGUUUAAACAAUCAAUCUAACAGGACACACCUGGAUGGCGGUGUACCUUCUCUUAAUUAACUACAAAAAAUACAGCAAGGUUUUUAAACUCUACUUCUAGAAAAUGAAGAACAACAAAUGUGCAUCAGGUGCAUUUUUCUUUUCUUUUUUUUUUAUUUUAAAAAAAAGUUUUUAAUCAGUUUAUGAAGCCACUGUAAACUUUAUCAUCUAGAAUAAUUUCUUUGAUCAGCCUAUGAUUUAAAUAUGUUUAUAAUGUAAUCAAUCAGGUCCAAACAGAAGGUAAAACAAUCAGCGU